AUGGGAUUGUGGCGUGGGCGUGAUUAUAUUCAAGUUGUCUCACUAUAUGCUCUAUGGCUAUGCUAAUAGUGGACCACUUCCAUCUGUUUCUUUUGACACAUGAAUUAUUACUGUUAUGCAUCUCUUCCACAAGCUUUUCAACUCCACCCUAAUAAAUUAUCAGAAUAUCCCAAAGAGACUUUUAACCAAGAUAGAUCUCCAAUUGCUGCAUUUUCGAUCUCCAUUUCUCCCCCUUUAUAUACACUUGUUGCAGCUCCUACACUUUCAAGUAGAGGGUGAGGAAAAAACACAUGGUUAUAGGGUUUGAAGUUUGUGUUUGACGGAUCGGAUAUAUAUUAUAUUGGAUCGUGAACCACUAGUAGUUGAAGCUGCCAGCAUGAUCUAAACUUUUCUAGUUGCUCCGUUGAGGAAAGAUCAGAUCAUGUGGCAGCAUCACCUGUUGAUGGUUUCCCGAAGUUUUGCAUAAUCGUGGUAUUCGAGCAGUUUAAUUAAGCGCACCUCGACUACUUCAUCAGGUUCCUCUUACCUCUCAUUAGUAUAGAUAUUGAGUAACUAUAUUUACCAAAUUCAGGUAGAUCGGAAUCAUUAGGUUACUAGUUUGGAAUUUGGAAACAAGGUCAACGGAUUUAAUUAAUUUAGUCAUUUUUUUCUUGCAUUUUCAUGUUAAGGUAAAUAACCAAAUAUUUAUUUGUUGAUUACUAGGUAUAGCAUUAAUUUUUCUUUCACACGUCAAACAUAUGCUUGGGAAUCUUAGAUUUCGAUGCAUGAAAUUAAAGUAACUGUUGGAGUUCUUAGUAACAGAAAUUCGUCUGUUUAGACUUAGUCGCUGCUUUUGAGAUCCCUUUUAAUCCAAGAUUAAAAAAUUCUUUCUCUUCAUCAUCAAAUUCUUUAAUUAAUUUGGUUUUCAUGCUUUAAUAUAGGUAGUUGUUAUUGCUACUGAUUAAUCGGCUAAUUAAUCGCAUUGAUCUUUCGUUUUUCGAGUACAGUGGUCAGUGCAUGUCCCUAUCAGGCAUAAUUUAUUUGUCCAGUAAUCUUUCGAGGAUGAAUUCAAAAAAAAAAAAAAAAAAAAAAAAAAAAAAAAAACAGGGCUGAAGUAACGAAAACAGAAAAGAAAUAUUGGCAUUUAAUUCAUCUUUUGGAUAAUUUUAUUUACUCGUAGGAACAUAGACAUAGCUGAAGCCUUAUAACAAGCAAAAUUAAAACUACUUGAAAACGAGGGGGAGUCUAUGUUUGCUAGCUGAGGCCAAUGAAGCUAGCUAGUUAUAUUAGGGGAAUAAAUAUACAAAGAAACCAUAAACUUUUGGUUGUCCAAGUCCAGAAAAGUUCAGAUGACCAGAAAAAUUUAUGUUACGUUUAUACAAAAUAUAUUAAUGAUAAAUAAUAUGACAUGUGUUUUUAAUAUACACUUUUAUCGACUUAAUCAUAUAUUCUAGGUUACCCGUUAAUGUAUUAAAUAGAGUUAUCUGUAAUUAAUUUUUAAGUGACCUAUUUAUCUAUAUAUUUUAUAUAUCUAUAGAAUUUAAACUCUAAAUUUUAUCCAUUGCCGAACAAUAUCUUAAUUCUUUCCUUCUCCUUUUCUUCUUUUAUUUUCCUUGGGAAGAGAAUUUAAGUGGGCAUCAGUUCGAGUUCUACCUUCUAACAAUACAUACAUUUCUUCUUGAUUUGGUUGCUCGUAAACCAAAAAAAUUGAAUGAUAGCGACGCUACUUAUCUGGACUUUGUCAGGACGAGGUGAUGAAGAUAAGAAGGCAGGUUUUGUUGCUGCUUUUCUAAUAUUUGAUUUAGUACUGGCAUAACCUGCAUAUCUAACUAGGAUCCCUUUCACUUGGAAACUUAAAUGAUGUCACUUUAUGAAUAUCACCAUGAUACCGAAUCAGCGGCGGAGCUAGUUAGAAGAAAAUGGUUCAUUUGAAAUCUCCUGUUAAAAAGUUGUAAUACAUGCGCAUGAAUAGGAUAUUUGUUGAAGAUAAAAAGCUCAUCAAUUCACAGAAAAAGAAUGAUUUACAGAAGAAGGAUGAAGAAGAAAAAAGGGCGAAGAAGUCGAAGUGUGGAAGCCUGGGUUCGACUUAGAGACUUCGGACAUUACUAUGUAAUGUCCUCACCCUUAUGUCUCUAAAUGUGUAGGUAAAUUCCUAUACGUGUCAGCAUCACACAGCACAAGAUUAAAUGAUGAAGAAUAGAUCUCAACCGUUUGUUUUUGCUGAGUUGGUAAAUAAUAGAAGCUUCCUACACAUGAUGAGCACAUGUAAGAGAAUAAAAAACUGUUAGGAGGUUAUACAUGUAAGCAAUAAUAAUAGUACAAGUGUAUAGGAAUAUUCUUUUAUUUUUCAUUUAUCUUAGAAGCAGAAUACUUGUAUAAAUAGGGCUGUGUACAGUGAAUGCAAUUAGAGAAAAAUUUCACAAAUCACUCUAUCUUUCUUUCAUGGUAUCAGAGCAUCAGUAGCUCGAUCCAUUCAUAAUUUUCUCUCAAUAUUCAAUCAUCAUUCUUCUCAUCUUCACAUCUGUUCUUCAGCAAUGACAGGAAUAGAAGUAACACAUACUCUCACUGCACUGGAUCUACCAGCAGUGGGAGCACCCCUGAUUCCAAUCACCCUUACUAUCUACAUUCUUCUGAUGCUCCAGGGAUGUCUCUAGUUAGCUCACCAUUUGUUGGAAGAGGUUUUCCAGGCUGGAGAAGAUCUGUACUAAUUGCAAUUUCAGCCAAGAACAAGCUUGGUUUUAUCAAUGGAACUUGUGGUGAACCAGCUUUGAAUGCUACAGAACACUCACAAUGGAGCAGGUGCAACGACAUAGUGACCUCUUGGUUGCUGAAUUCACUCACCAAGGAGAUAGGAGACAAUGUGAUUUAUUCUAGAACUGCAAAGGAUCUCUGGAGCAGCCUUGAGCACAGGUUUGGCCAAUCGAGUGGAGAAAAGCUCUAUCACCUACAGAAGGAGAUCUCAAAGUUAGCUCAAGGAAAUAGCAGCAUAGCAGGGAUGAGAACCAAUGGGAAAUAUACAUGAAUCCUUCAUACCCCAUUGAUGCUGCAUCAUUCAUGGUGGGAACACAGAACAAAACCCCCAGAGAAACAAUCGGAUCCAAAGAAAUUGGAAUCCACAACAGAAGCAAGGGAACACACAGCAAAAAUUCAAGGCAAAGAAGACUAGGUAAAACCCAAAUGUUACAUGUUCUUACUGCAUGAGGACAGGCCACGCCAGGGCAGACUGCUACAGGCUCAAUGGGUUUCCUGAUGACUUCCAAUUUACCAAGUCACACAUCUCUCAAGGAGCAGUGAAGGGCAAUGCACUGGUUCCAACAACAGAAAUUGAUGGACAAACAAAUGGAUGCACUGAAGGAAAUUCAAGCAAUCAGAAUCAUUUUUUCAGCAAGGAGCAAGUCUCUAAGCUAGUAAACAUAAUCAAGCAAGUGCAGAUUGGAAAUGCAGGAACAGAGAUCAAUGCUAAUGCAGUAGCUCAUACUCUGGAACAUGCCUAGUUGUUUUUAACACUAACACCUGGAUUAUUGACUCAGGUGCCUUUAAGCACAUGUGUUUUGACUCAAAAUCAUUCUUAGAACUCUGUCCAUUACCUAUAACUUUGCACAAAAGUUUGCCUAACUCAUUUCAAUUGUUUAUUACACAUAUAGGAAGGGUAAGCAUUCAGCCAGAUAUGAUUCUGGAAAAGGGUUCUAUAUGUCCCUUCUAUUAAUCCGAUUUCCAACAAAUACCUGUUGCAGGUCCCUUUAAUGAGGAGGGACAAGCUUUUGGUGAAGUGAGGGAUGGUCUAUACCUGCUCCAGCCUAGUAGUUUAGAGUCUAGGAUCUUGUUCAAACAAAAUGUAGUUUCAAUUCCAAAAGGAAGUAAUUACAGUCUAUUUUCUACUAGUGUUCCUUUUUCAGCACCUGAGUUUGCUAAUGCUAUAUCUAAUGUACGAGAAUGGCAUGUCAGAUUGGGGC